UUUUCACACAUCAGCUGAUCCAGGAAGGAAUAUUCCGAAUGACAAACAGCUGUUGUGAUCGCGCAGGUGAUCUAACAGCCCAAGUGCUGGAUAAAAAGUGUUCACGAGGAAUGGACAGACUAUUUUGGUGUCUCAUUAGUUAUGCCGGUUUUGCCUGGACCCACGUUGGCUCUAAUGUCCAUAGCGAAUUGAUGUUGAUCAUAUGUUGUUGUCUGUGUGAUUCACAGCAGGGUCUCGUUUGAUUUAACAGAGAACGCAUCAAGCCUAGUAAACUGUAUGCUUUCCCCCGACGAGUCGUAGCUGGAGGACCACACCACAUGUCAUCGCGGGACUCCAAGUCUACCUCGAUAUGAUGGAAAGAGGAAGUCUAAACUGAAGACCCUGAAGAUACGUCUGUUUGGGAGGACCAAGCGAGAGACCAAAUUCAGCCAGUCUGCUAGUGAUGUCACUGAGGCGGAGGGGCUGGGCUCAGCGGAGAAUCUUUGUUCAGGCGUUUUGGGAUCACGAGCGAUGUCACAUGACAGUAUCUUCCUGCCCGACCAGGAUCUGUCUAGUCCGGAGCAGCCCAGAGUUCUAUCCCAGGAGAACGUCCAAGGCAGGAUCAAAGAACUCCAGGACAAUGACCCAACACACCUCCAGGCUGUAUAAGGGCUUUUUGACCAAGAAGGAGAGUGAUGAAGUGCUGCAUGAGAUGACCUGGCCUCCACAAUCACCCGACCUCAACCCAAUUGAGAUGGUUUGGGAUGAGUUGGACCACAGAGUGAAGGAAAAUCAGCCAACAAGUGCUCAGACUGUUGGAAAAGCAUUCCAGAUGAAGCUGCUGCAGCAGAACAUGCAUCUAGGCCCGCCCCCACUGGUUCUGGCAAUGAAACAUCCCGAGGACCUGGGGGGCAGCUCAGAGGACGAUGGUCUGCCCCACAGCCCCCCCGAAAUCUCCAUAGGCAACAACAUGGCCCCCAGGGGGUUAUCUUACAAGUUCCCUGCCCCUCCCAGGCACCCGAUCUCUCUGAGUUUAACAGGAAGUGAGAAGGAAGUGCAGGCCUGCUCCCAACCCUCACCCCGUCUCCUCUUCCCCGUGCCCAAACCUCCUCUUAUCAACUCUGUGCCCCACACCCCAUCUGCCCCCCAAACUGCUUUCUCCCCUGCCCCCCCUGCCUUGGACUUCAUCACCCCAGCCCAGUUCACCCCCUGCCUGGAUAACUCUGCCGCCCGCCACCGUAUGUCCAUCAAACCCAGGAACCAGAGAGCCAGCGCCAAGAACAAAAGGCUGAACAUGACUGAGUCGAGACCACGCUCAGAGAGUCUCAACUUUGACCAACAGUUGACCGAAGAAGAGGAAGGGCCUGCCAUUACCGGGGGGAGAACACGUUUACGCUGUCACUCUACCCUGAUCCUAAAGUCGCAACAAGGGGGGUCGACCACCCCCACUGCACCCCCAGAGCUGACACCCCUAAAGUCGAGUUCCACAGAUUCUGAGGGGUCCCCCAAAAAACCCACUCUGCCCUGCAAGCUCUCCCCACAAGAGCAGCCCUAUCCUGGCAUUCCAGUUGUCUCCCCUGCCCCUGUGACCUGCCAGCUACCUGGUGCUAAACAGCCACAGCCCUCAUCUGUGACCACAGUUCAGGACCUGAGAUACACUCCACAACAACAGACCCUGAAACAGUCCAUGGGAGACCCCAAGCCCCCAGACCCAUCCCAAACCAAGAGGGACGUCCUGAGCAAGAGUGGGGUACCGAAUUCUACCCCCAGCACCGAGGGUAGGCCCAAAGAUGAACCACUCCUUUCUGCCAGGCCCACAGCUAGCCUGACCGCAGUGGUGACUCUCAGAACGUCCUCUCUGAGGAGCAAGACAGAUGCUAGGGCUGGUGGUCAGAGUACCACACAGCCACCUGCAGGCCAGGAGGACACAGGUCAGGCAGAGCCAAUGUCCACUGGAGGAGCUCCGAAGCCAGGCUCCGGGCCCUUCCUGUUCUCCAUCAACUCAGCCAAGGGGAGAGAAACACCCAGGAUGGGAAGUGGUGGUUUCUUGGUAGUAGUGGAGCAGGCUGGGGAUGGGGCGAAGAGGGAGGAGGGGACAGAGGUAAAGUUGAACCCCUCAAACGCCAGCCAGAGGGGGCAGGAGCAGCAGAGGGGCAGGCGGGAGAGGGACAAGCCCAAAGAAGAGGAGUUGACUGCCAUCGAUAUGGGGGGGAAAGUCUCGGAAGGGGUGGAGGAGGAGAGCGGUGAGGGAGUGGAGGAUGCAGUGGAAGCAAAGGAGGAGACAGAGGUAGAUGGGAAAAUUGCAUUUGGCGUGAACCUUCGCUCCAUCUCUCUCUCUCCGAGGGUACAGGAGGAGGCAACCACCAGCCAAUCAGAUCUCAAGAUAAAGUGUCACAGUGCGGAGGCGGGCGCUCUCCUUCUUGCCCCUUAUACUCCCUCCUCAAAUCCCACUGGGCUUGAGGGGCUUCGGGACACCCCUCCAACCAGGGCUAACUCCAUGCCCAAAAAGCUCUAUACAAACAACUGGGUUUCCCCCACAACACUGUCUUCAUCCAGGGGAAGAGCUGGCUCCCUCAGAGAAGCAGAUACAGCAACCCCCGCCCAGCCUACCCCCUCACCUCUCAUUAAAGAGGACCAAACCACCCCAGCUACACCUAAAGAGGACCAAACCCUCCCUGUCCUACCCAUAGAAGCCCAGGCUACCACCUCAGCCCCUCAGAACCCCCUGACUGCCCCCCAUGCGGCACCCCAGGCUGCCGUAUCGUGGAUGAGCAUGGCAUGGGGGAAGACCAGGGGCCUCCAGCAGCUCUUCACCAGCAGUUUGCCCAGAGAGUUCACCGGCAUGCAGUCCCCAACUCAACCGCAGGCUCAGACCACAACGCAACCACACACACCGUCACUGGCUAGGAUAGUGAUGCAAACUCAGAGACAGAAUGCAACACAACCACAAACGACAAUGCCACCACAGGCUCAGACCACAACACAACCUCAAUCACAGACCACAAUGCAACCCCUGACUGCUAAACUACUGGAGUCACAAAAUGCAGUGAAACCACCACAGACAGCAGCACAAGCCCCCACACAGACCACAAAACUACCAGUGACACAGACCACAACGCCACCACAGGCUCAGACCACAAAACACCUGCAGACCACCAAAACACCACAGACACAGAACGGAACACAACCACAAACAAUGACACAACAAUCAACACAGAACUCAAAACCAUCAACACAGACGUCCAACCAAAUCAACACUCGAGCAGCACAACCAACCGCUACUCAACCUCUAGCCCAGUCUACACAAUGCUCUGUGUCUCAGGUGACCCCACAGUCCAGCCGACGAGCAAACCAGCCCACCCUGUGCUCCACUCCACAGACCCAAGCUCAGAUAACACUACGGAUCGCCCCAAUGGGUGCAACUUCCGCUCAGCCCCCUUGGAGCGCACUAAAUCUCAACCCUAUCCCCCAGCCCAAACCAGCCUUAGCUCCAACAGCAACCCCAGUCCAACUCCUAGUGAGAGGUGAGAAGAUCCCUGGCGACCAGAGGAAUAGUGAGGGGGCGGCUGUGUCAACAGAGAAGAGGGUGGACCCAGACAGGCCAUCGACUGUGGGAGGGACGGCAGCCUUUUUGGAGAAACGGGCAGAGUGGACCCCUCCUGCUGGAAGCAAGGUAGAGCUCAGGAGAACCAGGACCCCACCUGAGUCUCAGCCCACGGCUGAAUUGGCUGCUCCUCCCAAAGCCACACCCAGUCACAGAGACGCUAAAGAUGCUAAACUCGACAGGAGGCCAGAAUCGAGCCCAACCAUAGUGGCAGGCAGACUUGCAGACCGAGAGGACAAAUGGUUGAGGAAAAACAUGCCAACUUCAUUGUCUCCUUCAUCACCUUUGUCAUCAUCCCCCUUGCAGACCACUUCUGACAGCGGGGAUCAGCCAUCUUGGAUGGAACUGGCCAAGAGGAAGUCAAUGGCAUGGAAUGACAAGACCAUGGACUGAUGGAAUAAGAAAGGAGGGGGAGUGUCGGGGGAUAUAUGUAAUGUGUAUAUAUAGAGAGAUAAAAAGAGAGAAGGGGGAGUUCCUUAUUUGAAUGCACUUAUUGCUAAUUGCUCUGGACAAGAGCUCCGUUGUGAGAGUGACAGAGGGAGAGGAAUAUCAACAAUGGUAGUGAUGGGAAUGUAUAGAGACUGAAGGACAAAGUGAGAUGUUGAGUUCUUUGAAGUGGAAUUUAAUUGACCUUGGAAGCAACAGCUAUUGGCAAAACAUGCUUCUCUUUAAUGUACAGACGUGCUGUGUUUGUAUUUCAUGUUUCUUGUAUGGGAUAACUAUGAAGCUGAUUGGUUUCCUGUCAAUAAAUUCUUAUGUUUUGAUCCAAACAUUUUUUUUUCUCCCAAAGUCUGGGCUUAUGUUGGAAAUAAUAUUGUUUGAAUUAUCUACAAAUGCUUCAUCAGAAAUAAAUUAUUUAUAUGAUA